GGACCUCCACCAUGACUGAUACCGUGUUCAGCAACAGCUCUAACCGGUGGAUGUAUCCCAGUGACCGGCCCCUUCAAUCCAAUGAUAAAGAACAGCUUCAGGCUGGCUGGUCUGUCCACCCCAGUGGUCAGCCUGACAGACAGAGGAAGCAGGAAGAACUGACAGAUGAGGAGAAGGAAAUCAUCAACAGGGUGAUCGCCCGAGCUGAGAAAAUGGAAGAGAUGGAGCAAGAGCGAAUUGGGCGCCUGGUGGACCGCCUGGAGAACAUGAGGAAGAAUGUGGCUGGGGAUGGGGUGAACCGCUGCAUACUGUGUGGAGAACAGCUGGGGAUGCUGGGCUCCACCUGUGUAGUGUGUGAGGACUGUAAAAAGAAUGUCUGCACCAAGUGUGGCGUGGAGACCUCCAAUAACCGCCCGCAUUCUGUGUGGCUCUGCAAAAUCUGCAUCGAGCAGAGAGAGGUGUGGAAGCGUUCUGGAGCAUGGUUCUUCAAGGGCUUCCCCAAACAGGUCCUCCCACAGCCUAUGCCUAUAAAGAAGACCAAGCCCCAGCAGCUUGUCAGCGAGCCUGCUGCCCCUGAGCAGCCUGCUUCGGAGCCCAAGCACACUGCCCGGCCUCCAGCUCGAGGUGACACUGAAGACAGGAGGGGCCCAGGUCAGAAGACAGGUGCUGACCUGGCCUCUGCUCCUGGGCGAGGAAACUAUGGGCCUCCUGUGCGCAGGGCCUCUGAGGCGCGCAUGAGCUCAUCUAGCCGGGACUCAGAGAGCUGGGACCACGGCCACGGUGGGGGUGCAGGAGACUCCAGCCGGAGCCCAGGAGGUUUGAGACGGGCCAACUCAGUCCAGGCCUCCAGACCUGCCCCGGCCUCGAUGCAGAGCCCAGCACCUCCUCAGCCUGGGCAGCCAGGGCCCUUGGGAGGCAGCAGACCCAGUCCUGGGCCAGUGGGACGUUUUCCAGAUCAGAGACCAGCCACCCUGGGAGCCCUGGAAUUCAGCCUACUCUAUGAUCAGGACAACAGCUCCCUGCAGUGCACCAUCAUAAAGGCCAAGGGACUGAAGCCCAUGGAUUCCAAUGGCUUGGCAGAUCCCUACGUUAAGCUGCACCUCCUGCCAGGAGCCAGCAAGGUACCAUAUGGCCUGGGCAUCUCU